GCCCCGACCUUUCCUGUGAGAAGGGUUCCUUGGCUUUGAGGCUGGUGUUUCACCUCGGACACCUGGGAACUGAUUCCUUUUUUUCUAUCAUGGCACUAGAUGUCAUACUCAGUGUCCAUGCCUCUGUACGUCUCUUACCUUAAAAAGCGGAAAAGUUCUUCCUGGAAUAUAACAGAAUCUCCCACCCCCUGAAGACUUCCAGCCCCUUGCUAUUUUAGAUUUGGAAGAACAUCAAAUCUUGUGUCAUUUUGGUCCCCCAGAAACUCAGAAUCGAAAGAAAAACAAAACAAAACCAAACCAAACCAUAGGUACUUUCAGACAUUUUAAUUGCAUUUUCCUCUCAUGGUCUCCAGAAUAAGAGUUCGAUUUUGCUCUUAGAAUAAUAUUGCCCUCCUGUGGUCAAACAACAGUAAGUCUGGGAACUGCUGUCAAAGGUCUGCCUGCACAUCAUUCAAACAUGCUCAGUUAUUUUCUGUGCUGGUAUGAUUUAGUGAAACGAAAGUCUUUUCUGAUGUUCCUUGCUCUUCCUGUUUUCUUACUGGAGUUCUCUGUUACAGGUUUAGAAAUCUAACCUGAUUCACCCUGUCAUGCUGUGCUGGGAUUGGCUCAUCAGAGCGACUCACCAAUUUUUACUUUGAAAAGGAGACAACAUUUUCUCACCAGAGUCUAGGGAGACUCAAGGAAAGACUCCUUGGUUACUUCCCAGGGUCUCAGGGUCAGCUGCCCCAUUGCAGGUCAGUUCCAAAUCUACCCCUGAUUUUCAUCUGAUGGGAGAUUUCAGCACAGCAUGCCUGUUGCCCACUGUAAAUGGCAUGAUCAAAGCCUGGAUUAUCUCAUGUGGGCCCUGAAGGUGACUCACCAACACCAUCAUAAGACAAUUUACUUCAAAACACCUACAAUAGUUAGCUAAGUUUUAGAGUUGUAUAACACCGUGGGUUGUUGAUUUGAUAUUUUGUCACUCCCUUUUUAUUCCUUCUUCUGCCUUUCUUCCUAAUAAUUGGAACUUAGUUUGUCAGUUUAUACCAGGCUGGAAUUUAUCUGGCAGGAUAAUUGAAUCUUCUAGGAAAAUGUCACGUUAAGUAGGAUUUAUGGAUAAUGCCCCUGCAAAACUAGUUAAUGGAAAAAAAAUGUUUAAUUGCUGCUUGAGUAAUAUUGAUCAAGUGCAGUCAUUCUAUCCAUGCAUUUCUAUAUUAGAUCCCAUCAUAACCUCACAGUGCAUACCCGUGUGUGCUCACCUGGGUGGACAUGAAUUUCAGAGAGGUGCUUCUGGACACUGCUCAGCUCCACUAGGAGAGGACUGCUUUUAAACAACUCCUGCCUGCUGUGUCGUGUCUGGAGCUGGAGCUGAGCGGAGCAACCGGGAGGGCACAUGUGACAGGAUCCACAGUUGCAGGUUGGAGGGUGGAACUGUCCCAGCUCUCAAGGCCUUGCCAGUGUCAGCAGUGUGUGUACAAGCCCACCCCACCAAGCAGACUCAGCCCAGCUGUCCUGGGCAGCAUGUCCCUCCACGAGCACGCACUGUACCUCUUCCGCAGCGCCGUGGGCACCGUCCGGCCAGCUCCCAUGCUGAAGAGUGCUGUGAAGCUCCAGGGAGGCAGUUGCCCUCAGCUGCUGGUGAAGGGCCAGGCCUUUCCAGUGAAGAGGGACCUGUACCUGGUGGGUUUCGGCAAAGCUGUGCUGGGAAUGGCUGCGGCAGCAGAAGAGAUCCUGGGAGACCACCUUGUUCGGGGAAUCAUCAAUGUGCCACUAGGCAUCCAGGAGAGCCUGCAGCGAGUAGGAUUGCAGGAGAUGCUCCUGAAGCCACACAGCAAAAUCCAGGUCAUUGAAGGUGCCAAGAACAAUCUCCCAGACACAGAGGCUCUGAAGGGAGCAGUUGCCAUCCGGGAGCUGGCUGAGAGCCUGACUGCAGAAGACCUGCUCCUUGUGCUCAUCUCAGGGGGUGGAUCGGCCCUACUGCCUGCUCCCAUCCCUCCCAUCCUCCUCCAAGAGAAGGAGAAACUCACAAAGAUGCUGGCUUCCCGAGGAGCUGCCAUACAAGAGCUGAAUGUUGUCCGGAAGACUCUGUCCUUGCUGAAGGGUGGAGGGCUGGCCCGGCUCGCAUAUCCCGCACAGGUGGUGAGCCUCAUCCUUUCUGAUGUGAUUGGUGACCCCCUGGACAUCAUAGCGAGUGGGCCCACUGCCAUCAGCUCCCACAGUGUCCAAGACUGCCUUCAGAUACUCACCAAAUACAACCUGCUGCACAACUUGCCCAAGUCAGUGGAAACAGUCCUGUCCAGCUCUCCCAGCAAGCCCACUGCUCCAGAAGACUACUCCCACGUUUGCAACAUCAUCAUUGGGUCGAACAGGCUGGCGUUAGACGAGGCCCAGCGCCGGGCCGAGGGCCUGGGCUACGCAGCCCUGAUCCUGAGCGCAGCCGUCUGCGGGGAGGUCGGCCGCGUCGCCACGCUGUACUGCCAGCUGAUCCAGCUGGCCUGCCUGGGCCUCACCGGCCUCGGAGAAGGGCCCCUGGGUGAUGAGGUGAGGGGGAAUCUCCUGCAGCUGGUGGCAGAGCUAGAGAUCCCAGGUUUGAACCUCGCCGAGUUUCUACAGGCCCUGCAAGAAUUAGGGCCUGAAAAACCAGUCUGCAUCCUGGCUGGUGGAGAAACCACAGUUCGGCUCCAAGGAACUGGCAAGGGAGGGAGGAACCAGGAGCUGGCCCUGCGUGUGGGGCUGGGGCUGCACAGGGCACAGGCCACAGUAGUCAGUGGACACCCAGGGAGGUGCGAGAUCAUCUUCCUCAGUGGGGGAACGGACGGGCAGGAUGGGCCGACGGAGGCAGCGGGAGCCUUCUGCAGCCCAGAGCUGGUGGGUGAGGCUCUGCAGGAGGGCCUCAACGUGGAGGCCUUUCUCAGCAACAAUGAUUCCUACACAUUCUUCAGCCAGUUCCGAGGUGGCCAUCACCUCCUGGUGACAGGCUUGACGGGCACCAAUGUCAUGGACAUCCAGGCCAUUUUAAUUAGAGCCAUGGAGAGAUCAUAAGAGCUCCCUCUGCAGACAUCCAGGUGCAUUCCAUUAGGACUGGGGGGAAAUGAAGGCAUCAACACUGCAGACAAAUGUAAACUACUUAAAUUAAGGCUCCCUGUCAAGAGUGCUGAUAUCUUUGACAGAAAGACUCCGCUAAUUAGACACGAGUGGAUGUCCACAGCAGAAGCAAGCACUUGUAAUUGGGAUCAGAGGAAGGUAAGAGGUCACAUUACGGACACAGAGGCUGGAUUUAACACUUCUGCUGAGAGCUGCCACUCCUGUGACUGUUUCAACUGUAGUUCAAAGAUGUGGAGAAAGCAAGGCCAUGGUACAGCUGUCAGGAAGAGCCCUCGCUGUGGCUGUUGCUCCUGCAGUGCCCCCCAGCUCAAGAGCAGCUCAUCAGGGGGCUUUUGCAGGUUCACAGAAGUGCAUCACAGAGACUGAGGGAUGUAAAAGCAACAGCCAGGCCUUCCCAGUUGGAGCCAUAGAGGUGCUGGGGUGACAUGGUGGGGACACCCAGCACUACCAGUGCAGCGCCCUGCAGCCCCUCCCACACCAAGGUGCCUGAAGUGAGAGAGACCCAGAGCCCAGCAUGACACACACCCAGCAGUGCAGCUAAGAAGCACGUUGGCUGAGAGCAGCAUUUCACCUUGGACAUGUGACAAAACCAAUGCACAGUGACAGUGACACAGAGGGUGGUGUACCUUCACCAUGCAGCAUCAGGAAGGGAUGACUAAGGUACAGUGACAAGCCAGAUGCGUAUAGUCCUUCUCCAGCCUCCUUCCUUCUGCAGGGACAUCUUCUCUGCUGAUCUCUGUUGGGAGAGCCUCCAUGCCAGCAGCUAUAACCUUUCAUGGUGAUGUUUUCCAACUGCCCAGAACACAAUCGUGCAUCCAGCCUGAGCCUCUGACCUUUCUGCGCUGAGGCAGAAGUCACUGUCACUCUGAUUAACUCUGCUAAUUCCAAAGAACAAAAGGCAAGGAAACCUUCCUGCUCAGCUCUCCUGACCCAUGCUGCUGAUCAAAGGGCAAAGCUGCCAGAGCUGGGCUUUGACAGAGAGCCUCUCCCCCACAUGUAUGAGGAUGCAGUGGUUAUUGUGGUUUCAUCACCUACUGCAGUGCAAUAUGUGGGAAAGCAAAGAUGAGUUAGGUUUCCCAGGAUGUGGAGCUGGAUUUCAGAAGGGCUUCACCUGUAGCAACAGGCACUGUGACAGUUUUGGCUGGAUAUUCAAAGGACUUCAGCUCAGCAGCCAGUAUGACCCAACACAUCCAGCUCAUUUUGACUAUCUACCUGUUUGUUACAGAACCUAAGUGGGAGCUGAGCUCCUUUGAAAAUCCAGCCCUAAUUUAACAGGACAUGCUUGACUCAGACUCUUUCUAGACAGACCAACCUACUCCAUGUGGCUGAUCUCAUCUUGUGACAUAAAUACACCAUCCUCACAACACCACGAGUCAUGGUGUCCAACCAAAUAGUCAUUCUGCACCCUGCUCCAAGAUGGAUAAGAGGGUGGAUUUUUGAGGAGGAUGUGACACCUCCUGCUUCGAUUUUGAAGCCAGUAUCUGACAAGCAGGAAUACCAGCAGGACCAUCACAGGGCCUGGCAUUGAUGCCAGGCUGGCAGCAGGGCUGCCUGGGCCACAGCCCAAGCAUGGUGUCAAGACACAAGCCUGGGGAUUUCAAAAACCCUGGUCUGAUCCCUGUGGUUUAAACUCAUCCACGCAUCUCAUUUACCCUCUGAGUCUGAAGGUCUUCUGUAACAUGCCUGAACUUGCUCACACUGGCAAAGGGCUUGGAGAUCUGCUGAGAGGGACCUGCCAAGCGUUACAAAGCUCACUGUGCCCCUACUGUGCAGGAGGAGCUGCUUUGUAACUGGUGUUUUUCUCCAGAGGUCGCUGGUUGGUUUCAGAGCAUUUGGCUUUUGCUGCGUGCCCGGCCUGCCAACACCAUGGGGGCACUAACACAAGCAGUGAUACAGCCAAAAACCAUGGGCUGCAGCCAGGAUAACUGGCUAAAUCUAGCUUCAAAAUGCUGUUAGCGCUUCCUGUCCAAUUCUGCUCCAGCGAAAUCCAGAGUGACUCUGGUUUUGGGCUGGGGUGCCUGGCAGAAGCGUCACUGGCAUCUUCAGCAGCAGGUUUGGUCUGCCAGCCUGGGCACAUGGUCACAGGCCCACUGUAAUCCAGCACUCUGUCCACAGCCCUUCCACACUGCUGAGCACCAUGCUUGUCCUUGGAGCUGCUGCUGUGCUGUGUUGCAGUGAAGUUGAGAAGACCUUGGGCUAGGGCUUGCUGGCUGCUUCUGGGAAAUGCCUACCACAUUCCCUGAGCAGUGGCCUUGCUUUCUAAACAGCAGCUUUUCACUAACCAUUAAAAAGAGUCUGUGUGUUGGGAAGGAGAAAAGUCUGAUAAAAGGUUUGUUGAAAGGAUGGAGCUCUCUGAAGAACACUUCACAUCUACAUUUGCUUGACCUUCAUGUAUGGUUUUUGUUCUUAUCCCUUCUUUUCCAAUGAAGGGAUAACAGGACAGGGUGAGGUUGACCAAGGACACCCAGGUUACAAAAACACUUUUCUGAUGUUUCUAUCUGCAUAGAUUGAAGCUCCAUUACUGAUGGAUUGCUUGGGUGGACUUUGCACAUCCACCCAGGGAAGAAAGCAGCUUUGGAGCAUGUGCAUCCCUUACAAACAGGACAUAGUUUUAUGCCUCUGCACAAUGCCCAGCACAGAAUCACCCAUUACUGCUCCAGCCCAAAGCCAGCUCCCUCUGAUCUGCAACCCCUGCACUGGCAGCAGAAGGUUCCACAGAUGAGCCAGCAUCCAUUUGGGCCACAGUGGUCAGGUUUUGCAAGGAUGUGGGAGUUCACACUUGCAUAUAAAGAUACAACAGCGUUGCUUACCUGCCAAGUACUGAUGUGCCUCUAGGCUGUUGGAGCUGGCCAGGAGCAACCACCUUCCUGUUGGGAACCUGAGUGAGUCACCACAGCUGAGCAGGGCUCUGCAGCUCACCCACGCUGUCCUGGACAGGAACAUACCCAGGCAAAUGAAGAAACCCAGAAUGGGACUGUGGUUGCACUGAGUGAUCCCAGUGUGUGGGCCCUACUGGGACCAGCUCCACACCAUCGUGGCUCUUCAGUGCUUGCACCUGAGGAGACAAGUCAUCAAAAGAGCAAGAAACAAGAGCUGCUUAGUUUUGGUGCUCUCAGACCCUGCCCUUUUCAACAGAAAAGCAAAACUCAUUCUACACCAGCCAGCUUCCAGUAAGGAGGGAGAUGGGUGGAGAUGGUCAACAGCUCCCUGGACACAUCCUUGUACAUGGGCAGAGGAUACAGGGACAGCUGUUGGGAAAGGCACGCCCAGCCACUGGGCAGGGAGUGGACAAGGAGAGCCUGGGUGUGCUUGCGAUCAGUGUGCUCUCAUGAGCAGGCUGCUCGUAGCCAAACUGAGCUAAUGGCCAGAAGUAACGGCCUUAUUAACAGCACGAGCUUUUGGCAGUAAAUUAAAAAUCUUGGCUGCUGCCCUCGGCUCUACUCUUGCCUCUUAGGAGACAUUAAUAUCACAGCUCCCCAGCAUUCCCAUUAUCACUUCAUUAAGGAUCCAAUAAUGAUAAAUGUGGAUGGUUUUAUUUUGCACAGAGCCUGAUUAAUGGCUAAUAUUUCACUAGGUGUUAAUGGGGCCCUUCCUUUAUGGAGGGAUCGAAGGGGCUGCCUUUCAUCUCCACAAGCCAAGUAAUUUUCACUAUUUUCGCUAAUGUGACAGAUUUAACACAAACCUUGAAAGAGCAGCUGAGGCCUCUUGAGAAACUUUGAAGAGCACCGUGCUUGGGGCAGCCCUUGCUGACGUGGCCAUUCUCCAGGUCCUUCCUCCUCCUUUUUUCCUCACCUGGCAGCAGAACUUCCUUCCAGUGCCCUCCCUCACUGGGAGGCUGUCACCCAUCUCCUGGGACAGUGAGGGGGCAAAAACAAGACUGGGGGACCUCCUCAUCCUAGGGCUGAGCCCACCAGCACAGUCACCAGGGCUCUCCUCAGCAGACAUGGUGCAGAAGCAGGCCCACCCUUGCAAUGGGAUGGAGUGCAAGAGGUGGGCUUGUGCUGGCCUCACCCAAAAACAGCUUGGCACCCCUCACCUGCCCCCUGCGAGGGCCAGGGAGCCCAGGAUGCAGGACAGAGCCUGGUCUGAGGCCAGGAACCCUCCUCCAGCACCCAGGGUGCUUUGGUGGCUCCUCUGAGGUUGCCUUCUGUGACACAGGGGCUGUUCUCCGCUGUAGGACCCCGGCGUAUUGCACGGCUUCAAUCCCUAUAUGAAGUGGAAUGUAUAAUCACAUAGGAAUAAAAAGCCAUACAAGA